CAAAGAAAGUAGGAAGUAGAAAUUAAAUCCGCACAGUCAAUAAAGCAUAAAUACACGACAGACACAGGACCUACCACAGACGCAAAGUGACAUUUGACGUUUUACACAAUGGGAGAUGAAAAGGUACCUGACGACAUUUCUCAAGCAGAUUCAGAUAAUACAAAAGAGGUAGACCAAAAAGAAAAUGGAGAUAGCGUUAAAUCAGAUAAAGUUAAAGUUGACAUUUUACUGAAAGCAACUGGUAAUGCACCUAUAAUGAAGAAAAAGAAGUGGGCGGUGGAUGCAGAAAAACCCAUAGGUUGGAUAAUGGAGUUUGUCAAGAAAUAUCUCAAGCUGGAGCCUGAAGAGAAACUGUUCCUCUAUGUAAAUCAGACAUUUGCUCCAUCACCAGAUCAAAUAAUCAAGAAUUUAUAUGAAUGCUUUGGUACGGACGGCAAACUGGUGUUACAUUACUGCAAGACCCAAGCAUGGGGCUGAAUUUUAUGGGUAAUUUUAUAAGGAGUCAAGUAUGAGGCUUUAAUAAUAUUAGUUUUUUUUAAUAAUAUAUUACAUGGUGAUAUUUUUUUCGUCCAAGACAGCAGCUAAUUCAAUAUGUACAGUGCUUAUUGUAAAGGGUUAGCUCAAGGUUAGCUCAAUAUUGAUAUUCACUCUAAAUGAGUUUCCGAACAAGUAGCAUUC